AUGUCUUACGUGACUGAAGCACUUUUCAAUGCUUGGAUUCAACUUAUGAAUCAGCCUCAGUUAAGACUCUUCUGUACCUGGCAUGUAGAUCAAGCAUGGAGAAGAAAUCUCAAUAAAAUUUGUAUCAUAGAAAAGCAAGCAGAAACUUACUUAAAAUUACAAGUGUUACUUCAAGAAAGAGACCAAGAUGCUUUUUAUCUCUUGGCAGAUGAGAUCAUGAGGAAACUUAAGGAAGACCCAGAUACCAUUGAUUUUGCUACAUAUUUUGCAAAUGUAUACAUGAAAAAUCCCACCUCAUGGGCUUACUGUCACAGGAAGUGGAGUGGUCUAAACACAAAUGCCCAUUUGGAAAGAAUGCACAUGACUUUGAAAUAUAUUUAUUUACAUGCCAAAAAUGUCAAACGACUAGACAAGGCAAUAAAUGCUAUCAUGAAGUUUGUAAAAGAUAAAACGUUUGACAGAUUGAUAGUACUUCACAAAGGCAAAGUUACUACUAAAUUAAGAGACUUAAAAUGCCAUAAACUGAGUGAAAAUUUAAGUUUGCAGGUCCUUGAACAAGAAGAUGGCUGGAUUGUAGAAUCUUCAUCACAAAGAGAACUUUACCAUAUAGAAGAAGUAACUAAGGACUGCAAGUGCCAGACAGUAUGUGUUCUCUGUAAAGCAUGUAUUUAUCAUUUCACCUGUACAGGUCUUGACUCAAACAUUCAUUGGAACAUGUGCAAACAUAUUCAUACAGUUUGCAGAUAUCUUCAGACUAAAGCAUUGCAACAAUUUCCAACAAAACAUAAAGAAAAUGAACAACACAUUAAUACAGAAUUGCAAUAUGAAUUAUUAAAUUCAUCAAGUGCAGAAAUGAUUGAUGAAAGAUUGAUUAUUUUUUAUGAUAAAAGAAAGGAAGUCAUCAUUGCUCGUAGAUAA